CAGUCGGACCUCAUUGAGUGCUACGCAGUGAAGUGACAGGAGGAGAGGUGCUGCUUCGUGUUGACGUUUUUCUGCAGCUUGUUAUCUUUGUGUUGCUCCUUCAAAAAUGGACGACCAGGGCUGUCCGAGGUGUAAAACCACCAAGUAUAGGAACCCGUCUCUGAAGCUGAUGGUGAACGUGUGCGGACACACACUAUGCGAGAACUGUGUGGAGAUGCUGUUUGUGCGCGGCUCGGGCAACUGCGUGCAGUGCGACACGCCCCUGAGGAAGAACAACUUCCGCGUGCAGCUCUUCGAAGACCCCACCGUAGAUAAGGAGGUGGAGAUCCGCAAGAAGGUGCUGAAGAUAUUCAACAAGAGAGAGUUUGACUUCUCUGGCCUGAGAGAGUAUAAUGACUACCUGGAGCGAGUGGAGGACAUAGUGUAUAACCUGACAAACAACCUUGAUGUGGAGAACACCAAGCUAAGGAUGGAGCAGUACCAGAGGGAGAACAGAGAUCUCAUCCAGAAGAAUAAGGCCACACUUACACGAGAGCAGGAGGAGCUGGAGGAGCUGCUUUUGCUGGAGCAGCAGGGCAAUGAGCAGCGGAGACUGGAUGUGCUGCAGGAGGAGCAGAGGCAGCUGCAUGCCAAGAGGAAGAACAAGCAGGCUCUGCUGGAUGAACUGGAGAAGUCUCAACUUCCUGCCACCAUCUUGCUUGCUCAACACAAGGUCCGUGCUGCCCAGCUGGAGACCCAGAUUGAGCAUCAGAAACAGACAGUCAAACCUACAAAUCUAUUUUCAACUGGAAUCCAUAUGCGUCAGACUGUCUCUCUCCUGCCUGCGCCCAAGAUAGAGGAAGUCCUGUACCGCUACGAGCCUCUUCAUGUAGAAACCUACGGACCCCAGGUGCCUGAACUGGAGCAGCUGGGCAGAGUCGGGUAUCUGAACCACGUGCGGGCUGCCAUGCCUCAGGACACAGCUGGAGGAUACAGCUCGGCUCUGGCGUGUCAUCGAGCCGUCCAGGAUGCGUUCAGCGGGCUGUUCUCUUUAAAAGGAUGAACUCGUAGCUCAGAGAGGAGUAACAGCAGCUACUGGAUUAAUAUGUGACUGAAUGGACUAUAAAUCCUGCUCUGCUGCCACCAUGGAGAGCUGCUGUCUGUGGUGGGUGGUGAUACAGUAUGACCGUUUUUUGGUCAAGGUUUAUUUUUUUAUGUUGUGUAAAUUUUACAAUAAAAUAAAUCAAAAAGAA